AUGGCGGUUAAGGGGGGGAAGGGCUCUUCUAAAAGCGUACGUGCGGUUGAGAGGGAGGGGGAUGAUAAUGAGAAUGAUUUUUCGGAAUUGGAUAGGAUGAGGGAGAGUAGAGAUCGAGGAGUUGAGGAGAGAGAGAGAUUGUAUAGGGAGGAGAUGAAGAAGAAGAUGAAGAAAGAGGACGGGAAUGUAAGAGAUAUCGAGAGGGAGGAGAAAGGGUGGGUUCUUUGGGAAAGAUGGAGACUUAGUGUUUGGUUGGUCCUCUUCAAUAUCCUCUUCGCUAUCCCCCUCGCAUACCUCAUUGCUAAAUUCGCCAUCCCCGCUCCCUGGCGCUGGACAGCUUUUAUCCUCUCUCACCACGCCCUUCUCGCUUGUGCAUAUGAGUUUGCGAUGGUUGUGCAAGAACGUAGGGUGGACAUGGAGAUUAGGGAGGAGAAGGAGGAGAGAGAGUUGCGGAAGUGGGAUGAGGUGGUGGAGGUAUUGGAGGGGGUUUUGGAGGAAAGUAGGAGGAAUAGGAGGGUGGUGGUGGGGGUGGAGGGGGAGAUUGGGGAGGUGGGGGGUGAGAAUGAGGAGGGAGGUUCUGGGGAGGAGGAGGAGAGGAAGAGAGAUUUUGAUGUUAAUGUAGCGAGAAAGGGGGUAGGAGAGAAGAUUAUGGAGUUGGAGGGGUGGGAGAAAAAGGAGGAACUUCUGAGCGUGUUGAAGAAGGAGAGACAUGAGUUGCUGUAUGAGACGACGUGUUCUUCGGUUGAGGACACGAAGAGUGUGUGGUUUGGAAAGUCGUGGAGGGAAUUGUGUGGUGCGGAGGGGGUUUUGAGGGAUUAG